ACUUAGUCAUAAAAUUCCAAAUAUGCGCUUAAUUGUCGCCCCAAACACAGCUAAUUAUGAAUAAUUUGCACGUCGUGAAAGCUUCGACACAUCCUUGGCCAGUGUAGUGUUGUCUUUGGUCCUGAAAUAUCCUGAAAAUGCUUGACCUUGAUGCGUGAGGUCCAUGCACGUUCCCCAUCUUUGUCCCACGCAUGCACUUGUUUCCGUCUCCUCUUCUAGGAAACUAUGAGCCUCCCAUGUGGGUGGUCCCGUUGUCUCCUUUCCCCCAAUAAAACUUUCUAUUCUCGUCUUUAUCGCUCCUCCCAUCCGGCCAAAGCUAAACAACAACACGUGCAGUUUUCGGCAAAGUUUCACUUCGAAAAUGCGAAAAUGCGUCUCUUGAUUUUAAUUAUUUCGUGUUUGUUUGAACGCUCUUUGUGCUCACAAGACCUCGAAGUGAACUCAUCGCAAUUCAACGAAAUCGUCGUGAGACACGGCGAGAGAGACGGCUCAAGGUACGACCUCCACUUCAAGAAGUACUGCCAAAAGCCGGCCAAAUGCCAGCUUUUGAACUACACCACGUGCAUGGGGAUGAAACUACCCUAUUUCUCCACGACUCUGGAACUCACCGACUUGACGACGCAAGAAAAAGUACAGGAAAAGCUCCACCAUUACAAAUACCUCAGGUUCAUACCCAAAUGCUGGGCAGUAAUACAGCCUUUUCUGUGCGCUUUGUACAUGCCAAAGUGCGAAAACGGCAAAGUCGACUUACCGUCCAGGGAAAUGUGCCAACUCACCCUCAAACCCUGCAAAAUGUUCUACAACAGCUCGAUCUUUCCCAAAUUCCUCAACUGUGACGACGGCCGCAUUUUUUCAUCAAAUUGCAAAAACGACGUCCAAGAAUUGAGGUUCAACACCACGGGGUUCUGCAUGGAGCCCUUAGUCAAGACUGAUAAUCAGAACUGGUUCUAUCCAGACGUGGAGGAGUGCGGCCUGCGCUGCAAGGACUCCCUCUACACCGAAAACGAGCAUUACCAAAUCCACAAACUCAUCGGUUACUGCGUCCUCGUGUGUGGUUUCUUCAACUUCUUUACCAUCGUGACAUUCAUCAUCGACUGGACAACCGCCAACAAGUACCCCGCUUUGACCAUUUUCUACAUGAACAUCUGUUUCUUCAUUUCCUACGGCGGUUGGUUCAUCCAGUUUCUCAGUUCGGACACUCGCGAAGACAUCGUCUGCAAAAAGGACGGAACCUUGCGAAAAUCGGAACCCAGUGCCACUGAGAACCUUUCCUGCGUCAUCGUUUUUGUUCUAGUUUACUAUUUUCUAAUCGCAGGAAUGGUCUGGUUCGUCCUUUUCAGCUACACGUGGCACAUGAGCUGCGUUCAAGCACUCGGGAAAAUCCAAGAACGUGUCGAUAAAAAACGAGUUUAUUUUCAUUUAAUAGCGUGGAGUUUACCAUUGAUGUUUACCAUAACUACCAUGGCGGUGGGCGAAAUCGACGGGGAUUACGUCACGGGGAUUUGCUUUGUAGGAAUAUUCAAUUUUGCGGCAAGAGCUGGACUCUUGUUGGCACCACUGGCCGUUACCAUGAUCGUCGCAGGAUACAUUAUAGUCCGAGGACUCAUCCUUUUGAUCAAAGUCAAAAUCGACAGUAGAGAAAUAAUAUCGGAACACUCGAGUCGAAAAAUCCGUUCAAAUAUCGUCAGAAUGGGGGUUUUUACCCUGUUUAUGAUCGUAUUCUGCAUAAUCACUUUCAUUUACCAUGGAUAUGUUUUCAUCAACUCGGAAACGUGGAGUUUGAGCCUCCAGAGCUACAUUUUAUGCAAAUUGACGAGUUUGAGCUCGGACUUCUCCCAUUGUAAGCAGGAGUCGCGCCCCAGUGUCGCGAUGCUCCAAUUGCAACUCCUCGCCGUGUUUGGCGCCGGCAUCGCCAUGGCUUCCUGGGUCUGGUGCAGUGCAACUCUCCACAGCUGGACUCGUUACAUCAGGAAUUCUCUGAUUUGCAGGAAAUUUCGCUGCGAAGUAGAGGAACCAAUGAAACUCCAAAAACACAAAAUCAUUGCGCAAAUUUUCGACAAAAGGGAGAAGUUCAAUCAAGGCGGGCGGAUCUCAAUCGAGUGUCAACACUACACCGAUCCUGUGGGGCUCCACUUUGACUUAAAUAGUGCCGUUAGUGAUAGUUUUAGUACAGCCUGGGCGGUGAAUCUCCCCCGGUUGUUGAACCGCAGGGGGGCUAUCGUUGAGGAAGUUGGUUAUUCGAGUAAUAAUCACUCGAUUGACUCGGAAGUGAGUCAUGUGUCGGUGAGACAUGUGAGCAUCGAGAGUCGGUGUAAUUCGGGUGAUAGUCAAUUGUCAGUCCAAAUCAGCGAGUUGAAAGCCACCAGAAAAGUAAACCGGAGACAUAGGCGGCGACGGCACGAUUUCCGGAGGGAUUCUCGAUUGUCAAAAACAGGGAAUAAAAGGGAAAGCAGUGCCAGUCUUGACUCAAACCUAAUGGAUACCUUGCGAUUGUGCGGAGUAAAGAGUCUUGAACCAAACUUGAAACGACGAACGGGCAAUGCGGGUCUGGAUGGACAACACAUCAGCAAACUGCUCUCAAAUGGGAAACUCGUAAUCCCUUAUAAUCCCAAUAUGAGUGAGGACGAAAACGUUUCGGUCACCGUCUCCGAAAAUAAAUACAACGUAGUUUUGAGUAACACGAAUUUAGAUUUGAGUGAUCAACUAGUGAUGAAAUCGUUGAGGCAAGGAGGGUUGCAUAUCGAGGAGUUGAGUAGCAGUGAAAGUGAGAAGGAACAAGAGAAGAGGUCGCGGUCGGGGAGAGAAUCGCACCAAAGUCGGAGGUCAAAAAGGUCCAGAACUUCCAAAAAAUAUGAAAGUGACUCUGAGAGUUUCAACAGACAUAGUGACAGUUCGACGAGUCCCGAAUUGCGGGAAUUAUUAUGAGUUAUGACUGAUUUUUAUAUGAAAUAUGGUAGCUUCAUAUUUAUUUGUACAAAAAUGUGAUUUUUCUAACUUUUACCAAAUAAAAAAUUUUGAAAUUUUA